CUCUUCCAACUCCGUAGCGGUCACUCCCACUUAAACGGAUUCCUUUCGCGCUUCGUCCCCGACAUAACCCCCACCUGCCUGGCCUGUGGCACCGCCUCGGAAUCGGUCCAUCACUUCCUCGUGGCAUGCCCCUCCCAUCGCGUUCAUCGCGACCGCCUGAAAAUGAAGCUCGGCGCUCGGCGGUCGCUGGACGUCAACACUCUGCUCAGCGACCCGAAGGCGCUCCGCCCUCUCUUUGCGUUCAUCAACGCUACAGGGCGUUUCCGCGCCAACUACGGCGACCUC